ACCGGACACCUAAGAGUUUUCAUCUGGUCCAAUCUCGUUCUUCUUACGAACUCCUGAGUACGAAUUCCUCUGCGCUUUCUUCCUCCUCCUUCAACGGAUUUUCCCUUUCUUUCUCCUCACUAUACUGUGAUUUUGUACAUCUUAGAUCGCAUAUCCUUCCCGAAGCGCAACAAUCCAUGUCUCAUGUUCCACUGAAGGCCGUGACCCUCACGCACGUCCGGUACCGGAAGGGCGAUCAACUGGGGCAUUUCUUGGCCUGGGUCUCGCUGGUCCCCGUCUUCAUCAGCCUCGGCGGUUUCUUCUCCCACUUCCUCUUCCGCCGAGAGCUCCAGGGCAUAUUCUUCGCCAUUGGCUUACUCAUUUCCCAGUUCAUCAAUGAGAUCAUAAAAAAGUCCGUCCAGCAGGCCCGGCCCGAAACCUGCGCCAUCCUUGAGAUGUGCGAUUCUCACGGAUGGCCCUCUAGCCACUCUCAAUACAUGUUCUUCUUUGCCGUAUACCUAACCCUCCUCACCCGCCGGAGGCUGGGAUCCCUGUUUCGGUACCAAAUGUGGGUCGCCGUUCUCGUGAUCUGGCCGUUAUCGAUCUUAACCCUCUAUUCGAGAGUCUAUCUGGGAUAUCAUUCUGUGGCGCAGGUUUUUGCUGGGGCGGGGCUCGGAGCUGUGCUUGGUGGCGCCUGGUUCUGGGUGGUUAAUUCUCAAAUUAGACGUCAUUUUCCAUCCAUGGAAGAGACCGCUCUAGGGAGGUUCUUUUAUAUUAAAGACACAUCAGAUAUUCCAGAUGUAUUGAAAUUUGAAUACGAGAAUGCUAGAGCAGCUAGGAAGCAUGUCUCUUACAAGCGCUCCCAUUGAUAAUGUGAUUUGGAUUAUAGUUCAGGCUCAAAAUACUCAACAUAGGCUAUUUAUUAUUCACCGGAAGCAACUAUUUCAUAAUGCUGAUCUUGUUGCAGUUUCUUUCCCCAAAAUUGCUAGCAUCUGGACUGUGAAUGUUCUUGCUGCAGCUGUUUAAAGAAUCCAUGUUGGCACAUGAAUAGAUGACAGGAAAAAGAACAUUUUGACACCUUACAUGCGUGUUUUAUUGCUUGUUGGACAUGUUAUACACG